AUGCUCCAUUUAGAGGAGCGAAGUACGGUGGAGAGGUGGAGUGAGCAAGCUGGAGGGGGUGCGGGGUGGCCUGUUGAAUUGCUCGUGGCUGGCAGGGCUCCAUUGGCGGAGUGGCAGCAGCGGCUGCUGACAUGGCAUGCAGGACAGGCGGGCAGCGGGAGAGACGCACUGGGGGAGCUGAGUGCGGGGGGCGAGGAGUAUUGGCAUGGGGAGGAGGGGAGUGAGAGUGAUGCAAGUGGCGGCGAUGGCAGCCGUAUGGGGAAGGUGGUGGGGCAAGCAGGUGCAGUGGGGGGGAACGGGAGGGAAGGCAAGGAGGAGGAGAGCGGGCGUGAAAGGGCGGGGACGCAUGAAAGGAGGUCAAUGGAUGCUGGCGGAGGGGGAGGGGGAGGGGGAGGGGUGCAUGUGGGGAGAGAAGAAGGUGGUUUUUAUGGCAGCAAGGCGGCUGCACACCCAGGGUGGGGUGCAGCGGACUCACACUCACAAUGGGAUGCAGCGGACUCACACUCACAAUGGGGUGGAGCGGACGAGGGUGACUCUCUGCUGGCUGACUUCCUCCCCGUGCUCGACCCGCUUCGCCUGCCAUCUCUCUUCCAAUCAGCUGCUGCCACCUCAGCCUCUUCGGACACCUCUGCACCACCAGGCCUGCAUGCCACGUCAGCAGCAGGGCAGGAGGACGUGGUGAGAGCUGGAGGGUUCCAGUUUGCAGCACGCACAACUGAUGCUGACGCAGGCAGCGCAGGGGGAGGCGCACAGGAGGGCAGAGCGGAGGAGAGCAAAGCUGGCGGGCAGCAAGGGGUGGGCCGGGGGAGACAGCUGAAGCAACAGCGCAGCGAGCAGGUGGAGCAGGGCGGAGGGCGAGAAAAGAGAAGCAAGGCAGCCGCGGGUGGGGGAGGUGGGGAGGGAGGGAGCAAGGCAGCGCAGGGGGGACCGAUCACGGAGGGCGGCAUGAGUCUGACAGAGCUGUCAUCCGCAGUGCUGUCGGGGUCGCUGCUGUCUGAAGCCCCUCUCGCCUCCCCCGUGCUCCUCCGCGUUGCCUUCUCCUCCGGCCCCAAGGCAGGCCUCCAGGCCGUGCAGCAGCCACCGCAGCAGCAGCAGCAGCUUCAGAAGGGGGAGGCACGAGCAGCAUCAGCAGCGCCUGGGGGUGUGUCGUCGCCAUUCUUCCGGCUGUCAUCGCAGGUGGACCUAUCGCAGUCACGCGUGCAGCUGUUCGGCCCCAUGCCGCACUCGCGCCGCCGCACCUUCCCCCUCGCCGUGGCCCACGCCACUGAUGCUGCGGGCGGGGAGGUGCUCACUGCUAACUUCACUGUCAAGCUGCCGGGAGCCUACAGUGUGAUGGUGGUGGUGGCGGACACACAGGGCAACUGCCUCAAGUUCAAGGCGCCCAACUUCUUCCGCUCCGCCAUCCCCCUCCCCGCCGCCCUCCUCCCCGCCUCCUCCACGCCGCUCUCCCCCAUCACGGCGGCCCCACCGGCAGCGAUGGCAGGGCAGCAGGCGCAGAUGGCCUUUGCUCUCGUCAGCUCAGACGGCACGCAGAUCCCUGCCACCGACGCUGAUGUGAUUGUUGCCAGUGUGACAAAGGUGAACGGUGCCGCUGGUACCAGCAGCAGCAACAGCAGCAGCAGCGGUGACAGCGGGGGUGGUGGGGAGGGCAGUGAGUGGGGGGAGGGGCCAUCAGGGGUGGGCGUGGAGGUGGAUGGGGCCUCAGGGCUCAUCAUUCUGCGCUUCACCCCGCCCUCUCACGGCCACUACUCCCCCACCCUCUCCCUCAUCCGCGCCCAGCAGACCAUCAAUCUCCAAAACCCUCCACCCUCACCCACCUCCUCUUCCGCUUCCUCUGCUGCCUCGUCCGCGCCCUCCUCUCCCUCCUCCUCCUCCUCCUUGCUCCUACAGGUGGCGCCAGGCGAGCCCAGUGCGGACGCCUCAGGGCCGCUGCUGGUGGCGGCGCAGGAGGUGACAGUGGGGCAGACGGGGCGUCUCACAGUGUACGUGCGCGACGCCAUGGGCUCCGACCUGCCAGCCGAGUCCCUCCUCUCGCUCUUCUCCGCCUCCUUCUCAGUCGCUUCUAACUUCUCCCAGCAGCAGCUCACCUACCCCGCCACCCUCACCCUCUCUGCCUCCCCUUCCGCCUCGCCCACCUCGCCCUCCAACUCCUCCUCCCUAGAUGUCACCUUCGAUACAGGCACACUCGCAGGGGUGGCGUCUCUCUCCGUGCUGCUCUCAGGCCGGCACAUCCGAGGAAGCCCGUUCCCCUUCACUGUGCUCCCCGGCCCUCUGCACCCGGCUUCCUCGCUGCUGUAUGGACCAGGGGCGCAUGGAGCAGUGCCUAAGUUCCCUGCGUUCCUGCAGCUGCAGCUGAGGGAUGCGUGGGGCAACGUGUUACUAGCAGGGGGCGCAGGGCAGGACGUGCAGGUGGGGGUGGUGCCCGCAGCGCAAGGGGCGGUGGCAGCAGCGGCGCUGGUGGGUGCAGGGGGGAACGGAGCGGUGCAGAGGGGUAUGCCAGCGGUGGCGGAGGGUGCGGCGGUGAGUGUGGUGGACAGCGGCAACGGCUGCUACUCCAUCUCCUACCGGGUCACCAAGCCCGGGGCCUAUGCUCUCCUUGUGACUGUAGGCGAUGUGCUCUUGCAGAACGUGACAGUAGCGGCGACCCCAGCAGUGGAUGUCAGCGCAGGCAGUGCUGCCGCCCAGCCCACGUGUGUGGUAACCGUAUCGCCCGCCUCCGGCCCCAUGCAGCAGCUGCUCGCCUUCGCGCCGCCUCUCGUCCAAUCAGGAGCCGCCAUGUGGCUGCGCAUCGUGGCAGUGGAUGCAGCAGGAAUGGCAGCUGUGUCGGACCCUGCUGUGCUCUCUGCCAAUCUCUCCCUCACCCUGCUCUCCACACAGGGGCAAGUGGCAGACAUCACUGCCACGCCCAUCGCCCCCUCCUUUGGAGGCAAGCCCAUCCCCGCACUGUGGCAAGCGCAGGUGACUGUUCAGGUGGCCGGCAGCUUUGUCCUGAUCUGCACGGAGUGUCUGGGGCGGGCGAGCAGCAUGGUGGUGAAGUCAGGCCUGCCGCUGCAGCUGCUGCAGGGGGAUGCAAUUGGAGGGGACAAUUCCUCCUUCUCUGCGCCUCCCUCUGCCCUCUCUGCCAGUGCUGCAUCAGCUGCAGAGCCAAGCGAUGGGUUGGAAGAGAUCACUCUUGCGGCUCACACGCACUUGCACAAGCACAGAGCGCCCGCUGUCACUGCCAGUGCUGCCAGCACGGAGGCUGCCAGCACGGAGGCUGGCGGCACGGAGGCUGCCAGCACGGAGGCUGGCGGCAGUGGGGAAGCAGAUGGCUCGUCAUUGUCGGUCCAUGAUGCUCUCUUCCCCCCCCUCGCUUCCACUGCAACGUCUUCCUCUCCUACUGAAUCCACCACCGCCACCAGCAGCAGCAGCACUGCCUCCUCUGCACUGCAUGGCCGCACCCUGCAGACUGCUGUUGACACUGCCAGCAUCAGCACCAGCAUCAGCACCACCACCAGCAGCAGCAGCAGCAGCAGCAGCAGCAGCAGCAGCAGCAGCAGCAGCAGCAGCAGCAGCAGCAGCAGCAGCAGCAGCAGCAGCAGCAGCAGCAGCAGCAGCAGCAGCAGCAGCAGCAGCAGCAGUAGCAGCAGCACCAGCAGCAGCAGCAAGGGUGCGAUGGCAGUGGUACAGGACACAAACUACGGGCUCAUAUCCGGCACACAGGGCUCCUUCUCCCUCACCGUCCUCCCCGGCCCCACCGCCGCCGCCCGCUGCUCCUUCGCCCUCGCCGCCGCCCCCACCUUCGGCCGCGUUGUCGUCGUGGGCGGCGCCGUUCGUCUGCCUCUGCACGCCAGCGACAGCAGCGGUAACCAGCAGAGUUACAGCCUCAGCCGCUACCCCCCCUCAGCUGACGCCUUCUCAGUUGUCGCCUCCCCUGCACCCGCCUGCCAGCCCCCCAAGGGGCAGGCUGUACCUGUUGCAGGGGACGUGGCGUUCGGAAGGCUACAGGCAGGGAGCUUCGAUGCUGAAUUAAAUUUCACCCGAGCAGGAGAGUAUACAGUGCAGGGUUACCUGGGGGAGGUGGCAUUUGGGGCGAAGGCGGAGAAGUUCAUGGUGCUGCCGGGGGAGGUGGAUCCGGGGGAGAGCUAUGUGGACGGGGGGGAUGUGAGGGAGGCGGAGGCGGGCAGUGUGGUGAGAAUGAGGCUGGUGCUGCGCGAUGCACUGGGCAACACUGCCAUCCCCUACCACCUGCUGCUGCCCAACUCCUCCCUCUCCGCCCAACCCCCUGCCUCUGCUGCUGCUGCCGCCUCCUCCUCUGACCCUGCCUCUGCUUCUCUCUUGGCCGCUGCCGCUGCCUCUGCCUCUGCCUCUGCCGCUGCUGCCCCACCGGCGGCAGUGGCAGUGCCAUGCUCGGUGGUGCUGAGGCCGGUGAACCUCACCCACCGCGCCUCGUGGUGGGGGGGGCUGUGGACGCAGGGCGAGGCGGACGCGGGCGGGGGAGGGGGGGAGAGCGGGGGGAGUGCGGACGGGCAGGAGGAGGCGGGCACUGUGGUGAUGGCGGCUGUGGGGGGCGGGAAGAGAGUGAAGCCGACACAGGAGGGAGCGCAGGGGGGGGGGCAGGAGGUGGAAGAAGCGGGGGGGAUAGAGCCAGAAGGGGUGAAGUGCAUGUGGAGUGCUGCAUGCUCGCUGCCGCUGUGCCAGGCGCUCACUGCCUCUGAAUACGGCAUGCAGCAGGCAGCAUCAGGAGCAGCAGCACCAGGCACAGGCAGCAAGCGAUCGGCAGCACAAGGGGCAGGAGCAGCAGGGGCGGCGGCUGGGUGUGUGUUGGACGUGCAGUUUGAGGCGCGGCAAGCCGGUAACUUCAGUGUAACGGUUCUGCUGGAAGGUUCCAGGAAGAAGCUGGUGUUCCCGGUGCCGCUGCUGCAGGUGGUGCCGGGCGCACCCUCUGCUGAGCGCUCUACCAUACAGCUGAACAGCAACUCCGCUGCUGCUGGCUCGCCCCCCAACGUCACGGUGGUGGCCAGAGACGCCCUGGGGAAUGAGAUCCGCGACUUUGACCCCUCCACGCUGCUCUAUGCCGUCCUGCCCUCCAAUUCGCCCCCGGCUUCCCCCCCCCCUUCACCGCCCCCCUCCCCGUCGCCCUCGCCGUCCCCUUCUCCCCCGUCCUCCCCCGCGCCCUCCCCUGCUCCCUCAGCCCCUCCCCCGCCUGCCUCACCUGCCGGCAGCAACAGCACGGCGGGCAACGGCAGCAGCACCGCCUCGACGGCUCAGCCUGUGCCGCCGCGCUCCCUGCAGGAGUCCCAGUCAGGCAGCAGCGGUGAUGGCACCGGGGAUGGCACCGGGGAUGGCAGUGGGGACAGCAGCAGUGGGAGCAGCAGCAGCAGCAGCACUGGGAGCAGUAGUGGGGAUGCAAGUGGGAUCAGUGCGCUGGACGCGAGUGCCAUGGUGCCAGCAGCAGCAGGUGGGCAGUCCACCCCUCUCGUGGCGCACCCAGUGCUGCGCGCCCUGGGCCCCGUGCAGAUCCAGGUGUACCUCGCAGGCCAGCCCAUCCCAGGUGCCACCUUCCCCCUCACCGUGCUGCCCGCGCCGCCCGCCGCCGCCCUGUCAUACGCGUUCGGGCCGGGCCUGGAGCGCACAGUGGCAGGCGCACCCUCGACGUUCACACUGCAGACACGCACAGCACAGGGGCUGUACCCGGGGCAGACCACGGCAGAGGGGGGAGGCGCGCAGGGCGGGUGGACGCAGCUGGCACAGGGCGGGGUGGGAGACAACAGCAGCAGCAGUGGAAGCACGAGCGGCGGUGGCGGGAGCGCCAGUGCGUGGGGCAGCAGUGCAACGUUCAUGGACGGUGCAGUAGCAGUGGUGGUGACGGUAUUCGCGCGGCGCAACGUGACCCGCGAGGCCGAGGUGCGAUCCGUGGUAGCCCUGGGAGGCGGCGCGUACCGCAUCACAUACACCACGUACGAGCCGCCCCACGGGGGGUUCUACCGCGUGCGAGUGCAGCUGCAUGUGGACGGCAGCGGCGAGCCCCCCGCGGACAUCAUGGACGGGCCCUUCUUCGUGCCCUUCUUCCGCGGCUCCGCUGCCGCUGCCCUCUCUACGGUGAACGCGUCGCUGCAUACGGUGGUGACCCAGCCGGUGAACCAGCCGCUGGUGCUGCUGGUGACCACAGCGGAUCAGUUUGGCAACGUGGGCCCCUACAGCCCUCUCAUGGAUACCCUCCCUCUCGUCUUCACUGCCACUCCUGCCCGCUCCUCCUCUUCCUCCUCGCCCCCUGCUGCCCCUGCCGCCCCGCCCAGCACGUCACUGCGCGACCUGUACAACGGGUCGUGUGUGGCGGUGUUCUCUGCCGCCCAGCCCGGGCGGUACCAGCUGUCCAUCAAGAUCGCGGGGUACUUUGUGGGCGGCGCCAACGGGCCCAUCGACGUGGACGUCACCGACGCUGCUGCCAACGCCACUGCCACUGCCACUGCCACUGCACAGCUGACAGCAACAGCAGCUGCAGUGGCAGAUGCAGCACCAACAGCACCCGCACCAGCAGCAGCCGGUGAUUCUGAUGAGGACAACACAGCAGCCCCAGCAGCAGCAGCAGCGCUGCCGCGGAAUCUCCCCGGCGUGGACGCGUUGCUACGGGAGGCAGAGAGCAGCGCAGCAGCAGCAGGCACGGACGCCUGGCAGGUCACCGCCUCCCAGUGGCGCGUCAAGGGGCUAGCAGGCGGAGGCUCGUCCCUCUUCGCCCUCACCCCCACCGACUUCCUGCUCGUCCCCGACGCCAACUCCGACGGCCUCAGUGACGCGCGUGCCGCCUCUGAAUCCCCUCGCUCCGCCCCCCUCUCCUGGGACGUGCUUGUCCAGCCAGUCCUCCCCCCGCCCUCCCCCUCCACCCCGGAUCCCUCCCGCCCCGCCUCCCGCCCGUCCACAGUGCAGCCUCUGUAUGAUGGUACCUGCCUCAUAGCCUUCACCCCCCCGGGCCCCGGCCCGUUCCUGCUCUCCAUCCGCCUCUUCUCCCAGCACGUGCCGGGAUCCCCCUUCCUCCUCUCCUCUGUCCCCGGGCCUGUAGCGCCAGAGCGCUGCGACGUGUGGGGGUCGGGGCUGGGGCCGACCGUGACAGCAGGGCAGGCGGUGGCAGUGAGGGUGCGGGCGAGGGACCGGCAGGGGGUGGUGCGGAGGGUGCGGGGGGACCUGUUCACGCUGCAGAUCUUUGGAGGGGGCGGGGCGGGUGGAGGGGGAGGGGGGGACGCAGGGCUCUACUCCAGCUCGCUGCUGCAGCCGGCAGCCCAGGGAGGCGCGCAGGAGCAGGGGGUGUACGAGGGGGGGUAUACCGCCGUGCAGGCGGGGCGAGUGGCGGUGUGGGUGGUGUUUCACAACACUAUUGUUGCCACCGCUGCUGUCACUGUGCUGCCCGGCCCGCCUGCUGCUAACACGUCUGCGGCGCUGGUGCCGGCAGGAGGGGUGAGGGUGCGGGCGGGGGGAAGAGCUGAAGUGCUGGUGGCGCUGAGAGACGGGCUAGGGAACGUGGCUUCCUUUGAUCCCAGUGCUGCUGCCAACACUGCCGCCAACACCGCCGCUGCCUCCUCCCAGCUCUCUGUGAAACUCCUCUCCUCGCCUCUCCCCGCCUCCUUCCCCGCCCCCACCUUCUCAGCCACCACCAUCAACCCGUCCCUCAUCGCCCUAUCAGCCCCGCUCACCAUCGCCGGAUCGUACCAGCUGCAAGUGCUGCUCAACGGCUCGCCCCUCCCCUCCCCGCCUCUCACCCUCCAAGUCUUCCCAGCCACCCCCGCCGCCUUCUCCCUCUCCGGAUUCCCCCCUGCUGCCUCCUUCCCCGUGGCCCGCCCAGUGGUUGUCCACGUGGCGCUGCGUGAUAGGUUUGGGAACGUGGUGGGGCACGGGGCGGGGGAGGAGGGGCGGGUGGGGGGGUCGGUGACGGUGUCGCAUGGGGAUGAGGCGACGGGGGGUGUGGUGGGGGAGACGUAUAUGCUGAACGUGACUGCAGUGAAUGUGACUGCAGCGGAGAUGAGUGGGACGGAAUGGCAGGGCACUGUAGCCACCACUGCCACUGCUGCGGACACCACUGCCGCUGUUGCGGACACCACUGCCAGCACAGCUGCCACUGCAGGCCGCAGCAAGCCAGCCGCCACACCCGCCCCUUCUCCCUCUCCCGCCUCCCCUUCCUCCUCCCCCGCCUCCGCCGCCCCAAUCCCUGCCUGGCAGCUUUCCUUCACACCACAGACCCCAGGGCAAGCCUCUCUCCAGCUCGUGGUGGGUCCUCCCAACGCUGCCCUGCCCCUCUCCGACCCCGCCUCCUCCCUCCCUCUGCAAGCCUCCAUCCUCCCGCGCCCCGUCAGCCUCGCCCACUCCACUCUGUACGGCGCAGGGGUGCAGCAGGGAGGGGGGGUGCGGGCGGGGACAACGGUGGAGAUGGGCAUGUGUGUGCGGGACGCACAGGGCUUCCCUCUCCUCACUGACUCUGCCAAGCUGCUCAAAGUCGAGGUGGCUCUCGCCUUUUUUUCUCUCCCUGCGCCUACGCCCGGGGCCUUCCUGCCCGUGCCUCCAGCCUCGGCCGUGCCUCGCGCCCGAAUGGGGUACGGCGGCGGGUGCAUCUUCCGAGGCUCAUUCAAACCCCCCAACAACACAGCCACGGCAGCACCAUCAGCAGCGGCAGCGGCAGCAGCGCCGCCGUACGGGCUGUCAGUAUCCGUGCUAGUCAACAGCCGCCCCGUCCGAUUCCAGUCCACCAACAUCACUGUUCUCCCCGCCCUGCCGCCCAACGCGCCCCUCCCGGCCAAUCUCACGGUGACAGCUGUCACGGCCGACGGGGUCCCCAUUCCUAACGGCUACCAGCUCCGGGGCGGCGCGGCUGGUUCGGAGACCAAGUUCGGCGUGCGGUUCACCGAUGCUAGCGGCACGGCGGUGCUGGUUCAGGAUGACUCGGCCUUGGUGCUCAAACUCACACCCUCUUUUGACGCUCUCGACCCCGACCCCACUCUGCUCUUCGGCCCUGCUGCUGCCGCUGCUGCUGUUGCUGCUGCUGCAGGCGCGCAGGGGGGUGGGGCGGAAGGGGGCAAGGACAGUGUGAGUGUGAGUGUGAGCAAGGGAGGGUACGUGACGGUGACGGUGGUGGCAGCGGCGGCGCAUGUGGCAUGGCGCAACGUGCAUUACUCCACGCCCGACGGCUCGUCUGCUGGCUGGUUCCAGCUGCUGCUCGCGCCAGGGCCGGCCAAGGCAGUGAGGGUGGACGCGGCAGCGCUGCAGGCGUGUGGGAGGGGGGCGUGCAUGGUGGGGCGGCGCACAGCCUUCAGCAUGGCGGUGGUGGACGCCUCAGGCGCCGCGCGCACCUUCAACCGCCUCACAGGGGAGGGCGACUCGCUCACCGUGCUGCUCACCCGCCCUGCCAGCAACCAGCCUGUCUUUACUUCCGCUGCCACUGUCAACUCCAAGGGGAACUAUCUUGGAAGCUUCCUGCUGUAUGAGCCAGGCAACUUCACGCUCUCAGUGCUUCUGAACAACCAGACGGCCUUCAGCAUCCCGAUCCACAUCUUGCCAGGCCCCUUCUCCCCGUCGCUAUCGCGCCUGCACGACCUGUCAGCCACAGCAGUGGCGGGCCAGCCCUACAGCUUCAACGUCACUCUCGCCGACGCCUUCACCAACCCCUACCUGCUGCCGGGCCUGCCCCUCCUGCUGCACACGCGCUCGCCCUCCUCAGAGGCCCACCACGGGGUGCUGCUCUCCUCGCCCUCCGCGCCCACCCUCACCGCCACCAUCACUGUCUUUGAGUCCGGUCCGGCCCACCUCUCCGUCACCCACCUGCCCUCGGGAGCUCACCUCUGGGGGUCGCCCUUUACUUUUACUGUGCUGCCCGGCCCGGUUGCUCCGGCUGCGUGCUCGCUGCUGGGCCUGGUGAACGGUACGCUGGUGGGCAGCAAUCAAACCUUUCUGGUGGUUGCCCGGGAUUUGUAUACGAACCCGAUAGAGUACCCCACAGCAGGCGAGUCAGGGCUGACCUUGAAUGUCACAUUCGUCCCUGCCCCAUCCUCCUCCUCCUCUGCUGCUGCUGCUGCUGCUGCUGCUGCUGCUGCCAGUGGCAGCAGCGCAACAACAGCAAGGGCAGCAGCAAUGCAGCCCACACAGAUUGACUCAUCUCUCAAGAAUCCCAGUCUGCCAGCUGGCGGCCUCGUUUUCACCUUCCCCACGGCAGCAGCAGGGACGUACACAGUGUCAGCCAAAGUGGGUCCCACACACGUCAUGGGCAGCCCUGCUGACGUGGUAGUGUUACCGCCUGCGCCGUCAGCUAGUGUGCUGGCUUCCUUCGACCGCUCCCAACGCGCCCUCUCUGUUGCCUUCUCUCCCACUCCCACCCUCUCCUCGCCCUCCACUGCUAACGCUGGAGCACCUCCGGCAGGGGGGGCAGCAGGGGGGGCAGCGGGAGGCAUGGGGGGAGGGGGAGGUGUGGGGCAGCAGGAGUGUGCAGAGCUGCUGGAUGGGGAGAGCCUGGCGCGGGUGGGCACGGGCGCGCAGUGCGUGUGGCAGGACUCGUCCCGCCUGCUGGUCUAUCUGGGCUUUAACUCCUCCCUGCGCCCCUUCACCUCCCUCACCGCCGCCACCGCCCCCAACGCCACCCUCUCCUUCCUCCCCACCCUCUCCGCCCCCUCCUCCUCUCCCGCCUCCCCCUCCUCCCCCGCCUCCGCCUCCGCCUCCCCUCUCGCUGUCGGCGUCGGCCCACCAGGCGGCGCGUCAGGGGCACGAACCCCUCAGGAGGUGCAGGAAGCAGUGCAGGCAGGAGCAGUGGUGGUGGCAGCACUGGACGCGCCGGGCACGGUGGGCAUCUGCGAUGCGCUGGUGCUGGACGCGUCGGGGUCGCGGUCGCUGCACGGGGCAGCGCUCUCCUUCUCCUGGCGCGUGUUCUCCGAUGCGGAGUCGCUCUCGCUGGACCUCCUCGUGUCGUCACAGGGCGCUGACGCCACCACUCUCACCAUCCCGCCCAAGACGUUGACUCCCGGGGCAGCAUACGAGGGGGAUGACGCCACCACGCUCACCAUCCCACCCAAGACGCUCACCCCCGGGGCAGCUUAUGAGCCGGGCGCAACCUACGUCCUAUCCCUAGAGGCCACGUCAGCAGCGGACCCUGCCGUGAAAGCAACGGACCGAGUGGCAGUGAGGGUGAGUGCGUCGCCUCUGAGAGUGGCGAUAUCGGGCGGAGACAGGGUGGUGUCGGUGGGGGAGCAGCUGCUGCUGCAGGCGGUGGUGGUGGAUGCAGACGAGGCGAGGGACAGCGCGGGGAAGCCGCUGCCGAUUCAGUACACGUGGGGCUGUGAGGCGCUCUCAGAGGAGCAGGCUCGCCUGCCUCCCACGGCUCAAGCUCAAGCCAUGUCCACACCUACCAGCAGCAGCAGCAGCAGCAGCAGCAGCAGUGCGGGUGGUAGUGCGGGUGCGUCGGCCUGUUUCCCCAGCGCCACGGCAGUGCUCGCCCAGAGCACCUCGUCUCUCACUGUCCCCGCCAACGCCCUCCCCCCCGGCUCCUACCGCUUCACCCUCCUCGUCUCCCGCAACCCGCUCUCCCUCCCCGGCACCUCCCCCGCGGCGCUGGCCCGUGAGAGCGUGCCAGCUGUCGCCGUGGUAACCGCUGUGGACCGCGCGGUGCCGGCCGCUGCGGUUGGCGUGGCGGCGGCUUGGGGGCGGGCGGCAGGGGCGAUGGCGGAGUGGGCUCCGGGGGUGCAGCAGGGCAAUACUGGUGGUGAUGGCGGUACAGGUAGUGCUGGCAGCACGGGUGGCUCUGGUAGCCCGGCUGGUGCCGGUACUACAGACAGCAGCAGCAGCGAUGGGUCUGGUUCAGGUGGUGCUGGCAGCACUGGCGGUGCUGGUUCUACAAGCAGCACUGGCAGCAAUGGCGAUAGUAGUGGCAGCGGGUCUGGUUCUAGCAGUUCUGGUAGCACUGGUGGUUUUGGCAGCACCAGUGCUGCUGGUUCUACAGGCACCAGCGGCAGCAGCGCAAACAGUGGUAGCAGUGCAACAGGCACGGGGGCAGGAGGGACAGCAGCAGCAGCAGCAGCAGCAGCAGCAGCAGGAGCAGCAGCAGGGGCAGCAGCAGCAGCAGCAGAUGGGGGCAGCAGGGGAGUGCAGGCGGGGAUAGCGGUGGAUCGGGCCAAGGCAGUGGAGCUGCAGUGUGUGGUGGACGCCAUGCCCUAUGCCUAUGCAUGGAAGCAGGUUCUCUCCGAUGGCACUCUCCUCGACCUCAAUGUGACGAACCAGCCGUUGGUGCUGCCGCCCUCACAGCUCGCCCGGGGCGACGCCUCCACCUACCGCUGCGACGUCUACUCGCUGCCACUCCCCUCCCCUUCCUCCCCCGCCUCCCUCGCCUCCUCCCUCACGCCCGACGGCCAGCCCGCCACAGCCAUCCCGGCCAACCCCCCCCAGCCCACCACGUCCGCCUCGCUAACCCUCCCCGCCGCCAAGGCCCCCUGGGGAGGAACGUUCCUCGUGCAGCCCGCCCCCGGGGACACCACAGGGCAGCUCUUUGCUCUCUCCGCCCCUGGCUGGUCCGCCCAGCCCCAGGACCUGCCACUCUCCUACACCUUCGGCACCUUGCAGCCUCCCUCCUCCCCCUCCUCCUCUUCCACCUCCCCUUCCUCCUCCACUGCAGCCCUGCAGCCGCUCACGCUGCCCUCCGCCUCGCCAUCAGCCCUCAUCAUCCUCCCCCCCGGCAAGUCCUCCCUGGCAGUGCGAGUGGCCUCUGCUGCCGGUGCUGUCACGGACGCCGUCGCCCCCCAACCCGUCACCGUGCCCACAUCUGGCGCUGCUGGAAGCUCAGGGUCGGGAAUGCGGGGAGAGGAGGGCACAGGAGACGAGGGCGGGGAGGAGCUGUCAUCGGAGCAGUGGCUGGCAGCGGUGGCGGCGCCGGCAGCAGCAAGGCAGGAUGGUGCGCAGCUGCUGCAGGCCGUGGCUGCAUGGGCCAGCAUGUUCAGAGGCAACGCCUCCUCCCCUGCUGGCAGCAGCAGUGGCACGGACGCUCAAGUGGAGAUGCUUAUAAAGGAGGUGAUUCAACAGAGCAGCACAACAGUGGUGACAUCGCAAUACGCUGAGCUGGCAGCAUGCAGCUUGACAGCACUCUCUCCCCUCCCCGCCAGCCUCGCACCAUCCACAUCAGCAGCGCUGGUUGACUUUCUUGACUCGCUCACAGCUGCACCAGACGGCAUCUCCUCCCGCGCUGGUCAUUGCAUAGUUACGCUCACGUCUGACCUCCUCGCACUCUCCCCCCCACCCGUAGCCUCUACCUCCCCACCAACCGCCGCCGCUGCUCCUGCCACCACCGCUGCCGCUCCUGCCACACAGAAUGCAUCUCCCACACCAACCGCUGCCGCCCCACAACCCGCUUCCCCCUCUCAACGCACCAUCGCCCUUCAAGUCACCGCCUCUCAACCCGCCUCCCCCUCUCAAACGCCCUCUGCACCGCAAGCAGCCUCAACAACACUGUUCCAGCUGCCAGGCAGGGUGGCGGCUGCGGUGUUGUCCCACCAGACGCCAGGAGCGCUCUUCCAAGCCUCCUCCACCAAUGUCAACCUCUCCGCCGCUAAAGUGCGGCGCAUGGCAUCGCCAUCACAGCAGGGCGAGUUCGCAGCGCUGCUGCCAGCUGCCUCGCUCGCACUCAACGCCACGGACGCCCGUCUGCCCACCGGCACGGCCUACAUCGCUGCCUUCUACGCCUUCUCCGCUGCCCACCCCCUCGGCCUCUCCAGUCGAGUGGUGGGGCCGCCAGUGGUGGUGAGGGCAGUGGACGCAUCUCUCUUAGACCUCAACGUAUCAGCGCGUGUCAGCAUGCUCUCUGCCCCCCAGCCCGCCACGGGUACGCCAUCUUUCACCUUCUAUGUAUCUCAUCUACUUUCUGCUCUGUUCCAUGCGUUUCUUUUCGUGCAUAGAUGCCUUCUCACUAAACAGACUGCUACUUAUAUGGUGGAUCACUGCUUGUGUGAGUUUUGCCCAAAUCCACGUCAUUCCAACCCUUCUCACCCUUGCAAUGCUUAUGUCCGUCCUGGCCCUCUGCCUCAUAAGAAGCCGGUUAAAGUCAUGGUUACUGCACCGUUGUAUCUGCCCCUACCAGAGCUGGGAGUGGCACGGUGCGACGGCUCAACCUGGUCCUCCACCUCUCUGCACCAGCUCCCCACCGCAUCCGACCCCUCAGGCCUGCUCACAAUCAACACCUCAGACCCAGCUGCCGCUCUUGCCCUCGCAGCCGCAUCCAUAGCCGGCCCCCUCCCGGCCGCCUUUGCUCCCUACGUUCUCCGCGUGGACCUCCCGCCGCUUCCCCUGCCGACCAUCCCGCCGCCACCCCCGGUGCAGAGUGGGCUUCGUGCCGCCUUCCUGCUGCUUCACUCGCUCCUCCCUCUACUCGUCGCCCUCCGCCUCCCUGCCGCCGUUUCCGCGACGCGCCUCCCCCCGCCGGGCUUUGCAGCGGCUCUCGCGGCGAGCCCCGCGGCCGAGCAGCUGGCACUCGGCGGCGCGGCGGGCCUGGCCGAAGAUGCGGCGCGGAUCCACGCAGCCGCGGCGCGCGGGGCAAUAGCGGGCCGUGCUCUUAAUGAGGACACAGAGUACUUGCCCCGUUCGACGGGCGCGCGAGUUCUGGCGGAGAUCAAGCCGCUGCAUUUUGCCACUGACACUGAGGGAGCGCGUGCUGCUGCGGAUGCUGCUGUGCGUGCUGCUGCGGAUGCUGUGGCUGGCGCCCCAAUUGGGCAGAGAGGAAGGGAGUUAAUUAUUGAAACUAUUGUUUUGGGGGUGGUGGGGGCGGUCAAGGUGGCCAAAGCUGCGGGGUUGGCGGCUGCGGCAAACGCGGCGGCUGCGGCGGGUGCAGCAAAGGCGGCGGCUGUGGCGGGUGCAGCAAAGGCGGCGGCUGCGGCGGGUGCAGCAAAGGCGGCGGUUGCAGCAAAAGCGGCGGCUGCGACCAAGGCGGCGGUUGCGGCAAAAGCGGCGGUUGCGGCAAAGGCGGGAAAAGUGGCGGCAGUAGCGGGGAAGGCAGUGAAGACGGUGAAAGCUGGGGGGUCUGCGCUGAAAGCAGCCAAGACAGCUCAGGUGGCGAAGGUGGCAAAAGCAGUGAAGGCAACUAAGGUGGCGAAGGCAGUGCAAGCAUCCAAGGCUGCCAAGGCCGUGAAAACAGCAAAGGCGUUCAAAGCAGCUAAGGUGGCCAAGGUGACACAGGCGGCAAAGGCGAGCAAGGCUGGGCAGUUGGUGCAAGCGGCCAAGGGGACCAAGGCAGCUAAGAUGGUUGCUGCGGCGAAGGGGUCUAAGGCUGGCAAGGCGGCGGCCAAGGGCAAGCAGAUGUAUGACAAGGCGAGUAAGGCGAGGAAGGCUUACAACCGGCUGGCACCGGCCAUCAGGGCGCCGCGGAUUUAA